AUUAAAACAGAUUUGUUUACCUUAGAAUUUAAAUAAAAACGUGUGUACUGCCAGUUCCGGCGAUUAAAGAUCAACUGGAAUAUAGAAUCAACAAUUGCAAAAUGCAUUAUUUUGCUCAUCGAACGAGAGGCGGAGACCUCGAACCGUCGUCAGCCCCAGCAGAGGAACUAGAAGUCAGUCGGUCUAAAAACGUUGACCCAUUCGCAUCGGCGACUCAUUCCUUGUACACAUCCACACCGAGAAAGAAGCAUAGCGAUUCCUUUUAUAACCAAUUUGUCCAGGUCACCAAUAACCUUUGCGUGGGCGGCGGCGGCGGUGGAGUGGGCGUUACCUUUGAUCCGCGUCUUAAGCAAUUGGUCAUUAUCUUUGCUAUACUUAUAAUUGCCUAUAAAAGUGUCAUUCUAACAAUGCCCUACAUAAAUGCCAGUAAUAUACAACAGGUAGGCCAAUAUGUGCAGGUGGCACGAGAUUGGUCAGAAAAGCACCAGCUGGGCUCCAGGUUGAGCCCAUUGCUAUGGGGCCUACUGAUUACAAUAUUUAGCUAUGGACUUGUCUAUUUGGAUAGUGCAGAGCCGGGCAUUAGUCCGCCAUCGCCCUUCUCCAAGCAAACAAGAUCUCAACGGCAAAAAAAGGGCAUUUCACUGCACUUAAAUUACUUGGGUGCCUUGUUGGCCGGCUUUAUGGUGACACUUGUCAUGUAUUUUAAUUUGUGGAAUUCCACUUAGUCAAACAGUAUUUCCUCUUAUUUCGUUAAACUUAAUUUAUUUCGUACGUAUAAUGUAAUUGUAAAGUGCUCCUGGAGAGUUCAAUCUAUAUAUGUUUGGGUGGGAGGGGGAGCAUCUUUUUGAAGGCUAUCUUAUUAGUAGUUCCUAGGCUAUACUAACAUGAGUUUAAACAAGAAAAUGGAGUACAAAAUGAAAUAACUCUGAAAAAGAGUUGUCAAUUAUAGAACUUAUAGUAUUAACCUCUUAUUUAAAAAAAUCCAUUUAUGUGUACCUUAUUUUUGUACAUUAUUCUGCUGCAUUAAAAUAAAUGAGGUAACAUUUUCAAUGCGCAUAAAA